CAAACUCAACACAAUACAUUUAGAACAUCAAAGAGAGUGCGAGAAGGAAACAAGUUGAAGAUGCACAAGAGCAGCAAAACAAGAAGCAGAAAGUAUAAAGAAAUCAGUUGUAACCGAUGGUUGUAACAAACCACCGCAAAAGGGAAAAUCAUAUAAUGGACCACAAAAAUACAAAAGAUGGCUCAAAGAAGCAAUAGAAAUAAGGAGACGUGGGCCCAAAGCCAUGAACAGAGACACUGGAGUAUUCAAAUUAUAUCACGCAAGGGACAGUGUAAUCAGCAAGGAGGACGUGGGCUGUAGAGGGCGACACCAUCUUUUGCUGCCCUCGGAUGAAAGGAAGUGAUGCCACCAACGCUGCUGAUCACUGAUGAUGGCUAGAGAUACUAGCUGAAACAUGUCUGGUAAAAAAUAUAAUUUUUUUACAAAACCGUGUAAGAAGUCAUUUUUCAACUGCAUGUCAGAAAUGUUGUAAUGUCAGGUGUGGUGUUGGUCAUUGUGGUCCACAUUAUAAAUUGUAAAGCAAAUGCCUGCUAAAUAUGUUUUGAUAAUCUGAUGUAAAAAAUUACAGGACAAAACGUAAAGGAUAUGGGGACCAAAAGGGUCCUAGGAGUUCUAGUGAUGGUGACAGGUAAGUUGAUCAUGAUGCUAAACAAAUUUGAUUUUGCGACAUUUAUGAAAUGUUGUGAAAAAUGAGUAUGCAAAAACAGAUUUAUGUUGCAUAUCUACACAGCUGUGAUAACAGGCAUGAGAGGAGCCUCGACAGCUGCUCAAACUAUCAAUACAGAAGCCAGCACGACAAACACAUUUGCUCCAACAAAAACAGAAUCUCAAAGCAUAGCCAAAGGUGACCUAACAACUACAAUGACCAAAGAUGCAACAAUCACUGCAGUCCCAACAACCAUAAGCACAAAUGUCGCAACCACGGCUGCUCCAACAACCACCACAGCUGUCCCAACAACGGCCACAGGAGCCCAAAAAAAUACCACACCUGCACCAUUGACAUUAGCAGCUCCAGUGACCACACCUGCUCGACCAACUACCACAGCUGCUCCAACAUUAACCAUGUCUACUCAGACUACAACCAUGGCUGUUCCAAUAACAACCACAGCUGCCCCAACACUAACCACAGCUGCUCCAACUGCAGUCACAGUUGUUCCAACAGCUACCACAGGUGCACAGACAACAACAAGACCAUCAAUUACAAAAAAGGAAGCUCCAACAACAACCACAGCAGCUCCAACUUCAACCACAGCUGCUCCAACAAAAACUAGAAAAGCCCCAACAGCAACCAUAGCUGCUCCAACAAGCACAGCAGCUUCAACUAUAACUACAACUGCCCAAACAACAACGAUGGCAACUUCAACUACAAACACAACUGCCUCAACUUUAACCACGGCUGCUCUAACUAUAACCACAGCUUCUCAAACAACUACCACAUCUGCCACAACUAUCUCAGCUGCUGCACCAACCACAACAGCAGCUCCAACUACAACCACAGCUCCCCCGACAUCAACCACACCUGCCCCAGUAACAACCACAGCAGCUCCAACAACAUUCACAGCUGCUCCAAAAAGCACCACACAUGACCCAACAACAUCCACGGGUGCUCUAGCAACCACCACAGUUGUUCCAAGUGCAAACACAGCUUCUGCAACAACCAUGACAGCUUUAACCACAACAACAACAGCACAAACAACUGCAAAUACCUCAGCAACAACCACAGCAGCUUCAACAGCUGCCCCUACUACAGCUGCAGCAGCUUCAACAGCUGCCCCUACUACAGCUGCAGUAGCUUCAACUAUUAGAAAAGGAAUUCUAAAAACAACUACAUUGCCCCAACAGCAUCCAUGGGUGCUUCGAAAACAACCAUGUUUGUCCCUCGGUCAACCUCAGCUGCUGCAACAACAACCAUGGAAUCUCCACCCCAACAACAACUACACCUGCCCAACAAACUACAGAAGCUACAACCACACCCACAGCAGCCCCAACAACAGCAAUGACAGCUCCACCUACUACCGCAGCUGCUCCAACAACCAUGAUUGA